AUGGGCUCUUCGCUGAGAAGCUUUAUCAAGGACGUUCGUGGUGCUAAAACACUAGCGGAUGAAAGAGCCAUCAUUACGAAACAAUCUGCAAAAAUUAGGACAAAAUUGAGAGAUGAUCAUCUACCACACGACAAAAGGCGAGUGAAUAUCCAGAAACUUCUUUACCUAUACAUUUUAGGGGAAAAAACUCAUUUCGGCCAGGUGGAAUCUAUUAAUUUAAUUGCUUCUGACGAUUUUGUCGAUAAAAGGUUGGGCUAUCUCGCCGCGACUUUGUUGUUGGACGAGUCGGAAGAUUUAUUAACACUCUUAACAAACAUGUUAAACAACGAUUUGCAUCAUCCCAAUAAAUAUGCAGUGUCACUUGCAUUAACAUCAUUAGGCUUUCUGAGCUCCCCUGAAUUAGCCAGAGAUUUGUAUCCAGACGUGGAAAAUAUCAUCAAAAAUUCAAGAGAUCCUUUCCUCUUGAAAAAAGCUCUUCAAUGUGCCGCCAAACUAAUUUUCAAAGAUGUUUCUCUUUUAGAAAUUUUCAACAUCGAAGACAUUACUAAGAUAUUGUCCAAUCAUUCAAUAUGUACUCACGGUGUCCUUUUAGGUGUCACAAAAAUCAUACAAUCUGUUUUGUUAAUUGGAUUGAACAGAAAAAAAGAGGAAGAGGAAGAUGGUAUUGAUUACAGUACCGACAUCUUGUCUCCGUUAUCUUUACUUUUGCGUGAUUUUUUCAUUCGUUUGGAAAAUCUAAAUUCUAAAAAUAUUGAACCUGGAUAUGACGUUCAAGGUAUUUGUGACCCAUUUCUGCAGUGUGAAAUGAUUUACACUCUGAAGUUGUACUUUCAAGUUGGAGAGCUUUUAAAUUCAAACCAAGUAUUGGAUUACAAAGAUAAUUUUUGCGAUUUAUUGACUCGUAUUGCGACCAAUACGGAUUCAACGAAGAAUAGCGGACAAGCCAUUCUUUAUGAGACAGUGAAGACGAUCUUUUCAUUGGAUUUGAACCAGCCUCUACGAGUCCUUGGUGUUAACAUCUCGGCCAAGUUUCUUGCAGGAAAAGAUAACAAUACUAAAUAUGUUUCAUUAAACACCUUGUUAAAAGUUGUUCCCCAAGAGCCUACCGCGGUACAAAGGCAUAGGAAAUUCAUUUCUCAUUGUCUGCAAGAUAGCGAUGUUUCGAUCCGCAUGAGAGCAUUAGAGUUAAGUUUCGCCAUCUUGGACGAUUCAAAUUUAGUGGAAUCGGUUAACGAAUUGAUGAAAUUUUUGGCAAAACAGGACGAAGAUUCAAAAGAUCUUAUAAUAUACACUAUAGACCACUUAAUCGACACUUUUGAUACCCGCGUUGUCAAAGAUGAAAGCUGGAAAUUAGAUGUUUUUUUUAAUAUCCUAAAAUUGGUGGGAUCUUUUAUCAAUUAUGAAAAAAUCAAUGAUAUUUUAAUCAUAAUAAAUAAUACGACUCAGUUAUCUGACAAAUCUGAAUUUUUACAAAAACUGCUAACAAUUUCACUAAAUGAGAAAUCAGCGGAGAUGUCCGAGGAAAAUAUUGGUUGGCAGUUGAUUUUAAUUUGGUGCAUCGGUGAAUAUGGCGAUUUAGUGCUAAAUGGAGACAAUAAAAGCAAUUCCGACACAAUCAAUGAGUCAUCGGUGACUAACUACUUAUUAAAUUUGCAAGAAUGCUACACAACAACGAAUCACAAGAUAAUCAAUUAUAUUUUGACAGCAGCAUUGAAAUUAUCUAUAAAAUUUCAUGAUGCCAAAAAUAUUGAAAAACUAAGACAGCUAAUACUGAGUUAUACGGAUUCCACUGAUUUAUCACUUCAAAUGAAAAGCAAUCAAUACGAGAUGUUUUUCAAUCAGACGAUUUUGGUUAAAAAGAUCAUUUUAGAAACAAUGCCCAAAUUCGAGAAAAUCAUCAAGAAGCAAGAUAAUAGGAAAGCUUUAUCGAAGAAUCUCAUCUCCAACGAACCGGCUGAUUUGCUGUCGAAUUUAUUGGAUGAAGAUAGCAAGGCUGAAGCCAAAGCUUCCACCGGUGACAAUGUUGAACCCAUUGAUAUACUAGAAGAGAUUUUUGGAGAAAAGAAUGACAUUAAUCAACUACCCAAGGAUCGGAAAAAAGAAGAAUCAACCAAUCAUCUAUCGGCAAUAACCACGAACUCCGAUCCCAACCUACCCUCAGAUGCUACCAAGAUAUAUGACAGUUCUUCAUUGGAUGUAUAUGCUUCUUUGCUCUCUGCAGAUUCUGGAUUGGCACACUUGGAUUUGUAUUUUCAGGCGAAGUCUUUAAUAUCUGACUUAAAAACUUUCUGUGCCGUUCCAAAAGCUCAAAAACUAACAUUAGGUCAGUUAUAUCCUUCUUCGACAAUAAAGGCCAGCCAGAUUUGCAAACAGUCCUUGAAAAUUUCUGGAUCCGGGAAACUAAAGUUAAGGGUUAAGUUGGACUUUUAUUUAAAUGGCUCUUCGUCUACUACCAAUGAACAAUUCGAUCACAAAUUCGAUGAAACUCUAUAA